CAUGAGCUCAGAGACGUUUAACGCGCUUCUGCUGGACAUUUCAAACCAGCUGAGGGAAGAAGACCUGAGCAAGAUGAAGUUCCUGGUUCGAGACCAUGUCGGCAAACGAGAUCUGGAGAGGAUAGCGAGCGGCCACGGCCUGUUUCAGGCCCUGGCGGAGAGGGGCCACCUGGGCCCCGAAAACCUGGACUUCCUGAUCGGCGUCCUGCAGGGCAUCCCCCGGGUGGACCUCUCCGAGAAGCUGCAGCAGUUCGCGGGCUCGGAAAGAGCCGCCAACGGAGGUCCGAGCGAGGAGGAGACAGCCAAGCUGAACAUCGCCUCUGAGGUGAUUUCAGAGAACCUGGGAAGGUAUUGGCGUAAACUGGGCCGCAAACUGGGCCUGAGCGAUGCCAAGCUGGAGUCUAUUUCCAAACGGCACCCCACAGACCUGGAGGAAACGGCGGUGGAGCUCCUGAAGGAGUGGAGGAAAAGUCAGAGGGCUGAAGCCCAGACGGAGAAGCUGCUGAAAGCUUUGAGGGACUGUCAGUUCAAUCUGACUGCUGAUAAAGUGCAGGACAGACUGACAACCGAGGGGUUCUGAUGAAGAGAAACCUGAGCUUUGUUGUACAAAAAAAAACUCUGGAAACUUGCUGAAAUCAACAAUAAAGGCUCUUAUUUUGUUAAGAUGAAUAAACUCCAAUUCUGAAUCUG